UUUUCUUUUCUCUCUCUGUCUCUCUCUAUUACAAGAAGCAAAAGAUAAACACUUUCCGACUCGCGAGAGAAAAAGAUUGGAACUUUCAUUUCAUGGGUUGUUGUCAAUCCUUGUGUCCGGAUGAACAAAACCCACUUCGGAAAGAUGGAGCUCAGCCGCCACAACCGGCUCAAACCCACCGCGGCGGCGCUACGACGGCUGCUGGACUCGAUAACGGCGGAGAUGGAGGAGGAAUCCCGUUUUUCUCAGAGUUCUCUUUCGCCGACCUAAAAGCAGCCACGAACAACUUCAGCUCAGACAACAUCGUAUCAGAAAGCGGAGAGAAAGCCCCAAAUCUUGUAUACAAAGGCAGACUUCAGAACCGUCGCUGGAUCGCCGUCAAGAAGUUUACUAAGAUGGCUUGGCCUCAUCCUAAACAAUUCGCGGAAGAAGCAUGGGGUGUGGGGAAGCUGAGGCAUAAUCGGUUGGCGAAUUUGAUUGGUUAUUGUUGUGACGGAGAUGAGAGGCUCCUUGUUGCUGAGUUCAUGCCUAAUGAUACUCUCGCUAAGCAUUUGUUCCAUUGGGAAAAUCAGACAAUUGAAUGGGCUAUGAGGUUGCGAGUUGGGUAUUACAUAGCUGAAGCUUUGGAUUAUUGUAGUACUGAGGGUCUUCCAUUGUACCAUGAUUUAAAUGCUUACAGGGUUCUCUUUGAUGAGGAUGGUGAUCCUCGUCUCUCGUGUUUCGGCUUGAUGAAGAACAGCCGGGAUGGAAGAGUGACACCUGAAAGUGUUACUUACAGCUUUGGAACUGUGCUUCUUGAUUUGCUUAGCGGCAAACACAUCCCUCCAAGCCAUGCUCUGGAUAUGAUACGUGGAAAGAAUAUUAUCCAGUUGAUGGAUUCACACCUCGAGGGAAAGUUCUCAACAGAAGAAGCUACCGUAGUUGUCGAACUCGCCUCUCAGUGUUUGCAAUAUGAGCCUCGGGAGAGACCUAACACAAAAGAUCUCGUCGCCACACUUGCACCCUUGCAAACUAAAUCAGAGGUUGCUUCUUGUAUAAUGCUUGGAAUAAAGAAGCAGGAAGAGGCACCUUCAACGCCACAAAAGCCACUUUCGCCAUUAGGUGAAGCUUGCUCGAGACUGGAUCUCACAGCUAUUCAUCAGAUCUUGGUCAUGGCACAUUACAGAGACGAUGAAGGGACCAACGAGUUAUCUUUCCAAGAAUGGACUCAACAGAUAAAAGAUAUGCUUGACGCAAGGAAACGUGGUGAUCAAGCUUUCCGCGAGAAAGAUUUCAAAACCGCCAUAGACUGUUACUCACAGUUUGUAGACGUUGGAACAAUGGUGUCGCCAACUGUGUUUGGUCGGAGAAGUCUAUGCUACUUACUUUGCGAUCAACCAGACGCAGCACUACGCGACGCCAUGCAAGCGCAAUGCGUGUAUCCUGACUGGCCAACGGCUUUCUACAUGCAGUCUGUGGCAUUAGCGAAGCUGAACAUGAACACCGACGCAGCUGAUAUGAUGAACGAAGCAGCUCAGCUUGAAGAGAAGAGACAAAGAGGUGGAAAAGGAUCUUGAUUCUUGAGACAAGACCUGUGUUACAUCUUCUUGUAAAGUUUGUUGAGCAUCAAGAGAUUCUUUCUUGUCCUUGUGAUUGUUGAUAGGGGAUGUAAUGUAACAAUAGAGGGAGAGAAAAAAAUGUUAAAUGUUUGUUUGUAAUGAUAUAUACAUCUUAUAAGAAUGUUCGAUCAGAAUCCAAAGCAGCCAAGCUCGCUGGA